AAUAUCAGCGAAAGUGCGGUUUCUGCCGACUUCAGCGCUGGCCCGUGCGGGUCCGGGGCGCGCGGCAGCAAUCUCAGCCAGGUCGGGUGUCGUCCACGGGGCCCUUGUUUUGAACGGCCCACGACACGCGUAGCCUCGUCGACGCUUUCGCAGUGCGCGAUUCCGUUACGGCGACGUGGACUCACGGCACCCGCAAGCGACGGUCACCAGCGCGCGAGCCUGCUGCCCCGCGCUCCACCAUGAGAAUCCCGGACACAUUGUUGCUGGGCGUUCUGGCCUUCCUGGUUGGUGUGUCUGCAGACAUCACGGUCAGUAAAGACCUGGAAAGCGUUGGUAACCUUGCCGGUGAGACUGGUCCUGCUAAAUCGGAGAAUCCGGUGCUGAAAGAUGUGGCGAGUGCUGGACCGGACAUCAUACAGGGCAUUCAACGCUCAACUAAAGAAACGACAUUGCAAACGGCUGUAUCUGCUGAGAAUACCAACAGAAGCAACGAAUCGGAACUUGAGAAGCACGGGGAGCUUUCCGCCGAAGACGAGAGUGACUCCAACGAAGCCGACGAGGUCCCGCAGGCGGACAUGGCCCCCCUUGCCCCUCACCACGGGCGUUCUGCCGCCCCUCACGGCCACCCUCACCACGGAGCCCCUCCGGCCUACGUAACAAUCCUGCGGCCCCCGCCCGUGCACCCCCCGCCCCCGCCCGCUCCCCGGCCGCUGCCCGUGUACCCGCCAAGGGUUCCCAAGGGCGCCCCUCGUGCCGGCGGACCCCGGCGCCCAGGCUCCGAUCACGGAGGCGACAAGAGGCCUCCGAUGCACUACCGCCAGGGGCCCCCGGCCCUCGGCAAGGGACACAAGCUGGACAAGGAGGAGCGCCGUCGUCUGCCCUUGCGCUGUAACAAGAACCUGCGCUACCGUACCUACGACGGGUCUUGCAACAACCUGCACGCCCCUUGCUGGGGAAGGGCCGGGGAGUCGUUCGGACGCCUGCUGAAACCGGCUUACGCCGACGGGCUCCACCAGCCGCGUCGCGGAGAGUACGGCCGUCCCCUGCCGAACCCGCGCCUCGUGUCCCUGGCCCUGGCCGGGGGCUCGUGGCAGACGAGCGACACCGAGUACACCUUCCACACGGACCUGCUCACGCACUUCGGGCAGCUGCUGGCCCACGACCUCACGUCGUCAGCCACCUUCACCACCACCCAGACGGUAAACGGCAAGACCACCAAGGCCCCGCCCAAGUGCUGCGGAAAGGAACGUCCGAACGCCGAGUGCAGCCACAUCGUGAUACAUCACACCGACGAGUUCUACCCGGCAGGCCACUGCAUGGAGAAUGUGCGAUCUGACUGUUACAACGCCAGCCGGACAUCUUGUGCGAAGAACAGCCCAGGACCGUACCGAGAACAGAUCAACGAGGUGACCUCCUUCAUCGACGCCAGCAUCGUCUAUGGAAGCAGCGAGGAGGAGUCCAAGAAGUUGCGCUCUGAGGAUGGCAAAGGAGCAAAAAUGCUGAUGGAUAAGACCAGCCUCUACAUCCCCAAGGGACUCCUACCCAGAAAGAGCGAGGGCGAGUGCUUCAGCUACAUGCCCGGGUGCGACAAGCAAUGCUUCAGAGCGGGAGACAACCGGGCUUCACUGACCCCGGUGAUUGCAUCACUGCAAACGCUCUUGGUUCGUGAGCACAACCAUAUCGCGGACAAACUCAAGAAGAAGGGUUGGCCCAACGACAAAAUCUACCAUGUGGCCCGCAAGAUGAUCAGUGCCUGCCUACAGGUUAUCGCUUAUAAGGAGUACUUGCCACACGUACUGGGCCCCGAGGUGGUGUCCAGGUAUAGGCUGCAAGUGCCCACGGUGCACUACUACUACAACGAGACGCUGAACCCGUCGCUGCUGAACACAUACGCGGCGGCGGCCAACCGGUUGCCCCACGCCGUGGUGGGCACCAAGUUCGAGCGCGAGGGCCACAAGUGCUUUCAUACGUCGCGCGUGUCCUACGACCUGAACACCAUGGACGACUUCUGCAAGCCCCGGACGGACCCCGUCAGGUCGCUGGUCGUGGGCGCCGCCUGCAAACACCUCCAGCACCAGGACACCGUGUACAGCAAGGAGAUCACUCGGUUCCUGUUCUCCAACCCCCCGAACCUGCUGGGCAAGGACCUGCUGUCCCUGGACGUGGACCGUGGCCGAGACCACGGCCUGCCCCCGUACGUGCACUACCGCAAGCUGUGCGGGCUAAGGCCCGUCUACUCCUUCGACGACUUCAAGAAGGAGAGCAAGUCGUACGACGCCGUCAACAGGCUACAGGCCGUUUACGGCAACCACUUUGAGGACUUGGACCUGGUGGCCGGUCUCGCCUUGGAAAAACCAGUUCUUGGCUCGUUCUACGGUCCCACGGCAGUGUGCAUCAUGGGCGAGCAGUACUACAGGCUGAAGUACGCCGAUCGCUUCUGGUUCGAGCACCUCUACCACCCGGGGGCAUUUAGCAAGGACCAAGUACGUGACAUUCUCAAGGUCAGUAUGGCCACUCUAAUCUGCAGGAACACGGACGUGGAGUUCCUACAACGCAACGUCUUCAAGAUGUCGGGGAAAGGCAACUCCAAAGUGAACUGCAAAGCUAUCCUCGCCGAAACUGACUACAACUACGAUUUGUACAAGUAACCAUCGAGGACGGAAUCCAGAGACGUUUGCAGCGGGGAGUUGCCGAAAUACGUCGUCUCGAGAUUUGGCUAUUUCCGUAUUCUCGUACUAUUACUUUUCAUUAGAAAUAUGAAUUACUACUUACUGCAUUGAUAACCUGAUCAAAAUCAUCUAGCUGCAAGCAAAUCAAGUAAUUGCCGGGAUGUUUAUUAUCUGAAAGGUGUCAAAUAAAUUGAGUAUUCACACUA